CAUCUAGCUUAUACGUCAUCUGUGGCUAAAUUCGGCUUAGUGGCUCAACUGCUGUCUUGUGGUCGGUGUUGUUAUUCAAGAAAAUCGAUAUCGAUUCGGGAAUGUCGGGAUCCUUAUUGACUAAAAAUGAAAAUUUAACGUGAUAUUAUCGAAUACAGCCCAAUAAUGAAAUAAGCUAUCGUUCUAAGUGUUCUAAUAUUAUUAUCAGCACUUGUGCUCUAUCGACGAUACUGUUUAUCUCUAGAAGGUCCAAAUAAAAAUUAUUCAGCUAUCGGUUGUUUAUCUGUUUAUCUCCGGAAAGAGGAAAAUCUCUCGGUAAACGACCGACAGGAGUAAAUAGUACAAGUAAUUUACGUGUCGUUCGCGCAUGUCCUCGACAUGCAUCGUGUUCGUUUGAACAAUCUCGCGGCAAAAUUAUGGAGGAGAUCCAACCCGCCGAUUCAUCGGAGAUCGAUCAGCCAGGAUUCGCUCGUUUACGGAUCCGAGAUCGUGACAGCCCGGAAAAAUGGAUUGCCGAUCGUGGCCCUGGAAUCGACGAUCAUCACGCAUGGCAUGCCGUAUCCUGAUAAUUUGAACACCGCGCUAAAAGUCGAGGACGCGGUCAGAAAGCAAGGUGCUGUACCUGCAACAAUAGGAAUCGUAGGUGGAAAGGUGCAUGUAGGCUUAAACAACGAACAAUUGGAGAUCCUAUCUAAAGCAGACCCUGCAAAGACCGUGAAGUGUUCACGCAGAGAUAUCUGUUUCAUUGUAUCACAUGGAUUAAAUGGUGGUACAACAGUCAGUGCCACAAUGUUGAUUGCGCAUGCAGCAAAUAUUCCAAUAAUGGCAACAGGUGGUGUCGGUGGAGUUCAUAGAGGAGCUGAGAUGACUUACGACAUUAGUACAGAUUUGACAGAAUUUGGACGUACACCGGUAGCAGUUGUCUGUUCUGGUGUUAAAUCUAUCUUAGACAUUGGCAAAACCUUGGAAUAUUUGGAAACUCAAGGGGUACCAGUGAUAAAAAUUGGCGAAACGCCAGAAUUUCCAGCUUUUUAUUGUUCUGAGACAUUGGAUAAAAUAAAAGCACCGUAUAAAGUUUCCAAUGCUAAGAAAGCAGCUGAUAUUAUGAAGACGCAAAGGACAUUGGGCAUUAAUACAGGGAUAUUAUUUGCAGUAUCGAUUCCCGAAAAAUACACCUUAAAACCUGAUAUUGUAGAUUGUGCUAUAUCUGAAGCUUUAGAAAAAGCCACUGUCAUGCAUGUGACGGGCAAGCAAGUUACGCCAUUCCUUUUGAAUGAACUCAACAAGAUUACAUGUGGUCAAUCCCUUGAAGCAAAUAUAGCUCUUAUAGAAAAUAACGCCAAAGUCGCGGCUGAGAUUGCUUUGAAUCUCUGCGAAAAAUCUCGGAUAUCCUGCGUGCAAGGAUCGAUAAUAUCGAAGCGAAAACCGAUAGUAAUUGGCGGGGCUGUCUUGGAUACUAUUGUGCAAGUGAAGGAGAAAAUAAACUACGAUGGCAGAACAUAUGUCGGACAAAACAGACGUAGUUGCGGCGGAGUUGCUCGAAAUGUUGCCGAUGCCCUAAUCAAGCUUGGUUUGGAGAACACGCAAUUGAUAUCCGUCGUUGGCAAUGACGAGUAUGGAAAGGUCAUUCUUGAAAGUUUAGGAACUGGUGGAAAAAUUGUGAAACAAAUGUCAGACGUGAACACCGCCAGAUUCACAGUGAUAGUGGACGUCAACGGUGAAUGUCAAUUCUGUAUCAGCGAAGUGGAAUCCUUUACCGCGAUCACCCCGAAGUUGAUAAAAGAAUAUCAGUCGUACCUCGAAGAAGCUAGUCUUAUCGUUCUCGAUGGAAAUCCCGGAUUGGAUACCCUCCGUUGCGUGCUCGACAUCGCCUCGCAAGCAAACGUUCCAGUUUGGUACGAGCCCACAGAUAUUCAAACUGCGACAAAAAUAUUUGAAGCUGGCCUAGAAUGGAGGAACGUAUUACAUUUCAUUUCACCCAAUCGGAACGAAUUAAAAGUCAUAGGCAAAUACUUUAAUAUUUCUAUUCCUGAAAACAUGGAUCUGACAGCUGUGAAAAAUAUAGCAGAACAAUUGCUCGAAUACAUUCCAAUUGUUAUAACUACUUUAGGACCACAAGGAGUACUGGUGACACGCAAAGGUUUGCAAGAUGAGCCCUUUUACGAUAAGAAUGGAAAAUUGAUUACAAAUUCCUCAAUUGCAUCUCGAUUGUAUCCUGCUUUGGAUAUUCCAGAAAAGUCGAGCGAGAUUCUCAGUGUAAGCGGCUGUGGAGAUUGCCUUGCAGCUGGAAUAAUUUCUGGAAUUCAUAAGAAUCUCGAUGAAACCAAUUGCAUUUCUUUGGCUUUAAAAGCUGCUGCACUUUCAUUGAAGUCUUUCGACACAGUUCCAAAGACACUCACGAUGCUUUCCAACAGUGAAUCUUAAUUAAUAACAUCUUAAUAUAAUUAUAAACUUUUAUCGUAAUGAAGGAUUUCGAGUUUUAAUAUUUUUAAUAUUUUCGAGUUUUAAUAUUUUUAUACUCGCUAUAAUUAUUACACAAGUACUAUUUUUCUGCUACUAUAAUAAGUUCCUGUUUUCCAUUGAUUAAAUGCGUAAACUUAAACAAGAUUAUUUGUAAAAUCAAUAUGGAUAUUUUUCAUUGAUUAAUCAAGGUGACUAAUAAUUUAUUUUUAAAAUGAAAAAAAAAAAGAAUUGGAAUCAAUUACAACUGUAAGCUAAAUACAGAUACAUAUAAAGCUGAAAUAAUUUCUGAAAUUCAUAAGAAACCAAUUGCAUCUCUCUGGCUUUAAAAGCUGCUGCACUUUCACUGAGAUCUUUUGACACAAUUCCAAGGACACAUGAUGCUUUUCAACAGUGAAUCUUAAUCAAUAACAUCUUUACAUAAUUAUACUUUUAUUGUAAUUAAGCAUUUCGAGUUUUAAUAUUUUUAUACUCUCUAAUUAUCACACAAGUAGUUUUUUUUCUACUAUUAUAAUAAGUUCCUGUUUUCCAUUGAUUAGAUGCGUAAACUUAAACAAGAUUAUUUGUAAAAUCAAUAUGGAUAUUUUUCAU